UAAAAAUUAAAUAAAAAAUUAUUAAAUUUUUUGUCUACAAUAUAAAUUAGGACAAACAGUGUUCUGUAAAAUUUAUGUAAAAAGCUCCUGUUAGCUCAACUUGACCUUGCUAGUUCUUUUCCGUUCAGCUACUGCGGUUGAAACAUGUCUUAUUCGUCUGAAAGAAGGUCAGAAGAUUGGCCAGAGGAUUCCAAAAAUGGGCCAUCGAAGGAUCAAGGUAGUUACGAUGGACCUCCGGGAAUGGACCCUGGGACACUUGACACCGACUGGGAUCAAGUUGUCGAAACCUUCGAUGACAUGAACCUCAAAGAAGAAUUGUUGAGAGGCAUAUACGCCUAUGGUUUUGAAAAACCUUCUGCAAUCCAGCAACGCGCAAUAAUGCCUUGCAUCCAAGGACGCGAUGUUAUCGCUCAAGCCCAGUCAGGAACUGGAAAAACUGCUACUUUCUCUAUAUCGAUUCUACAACAAAUCGAUACAAGCAUUCGUGAAUGUCAAGCUUUGAUCCUGGCUCCCACAAGAGAGCUGGCCCAACAAAUUCAGAAGGUGGUGAUAGCUCUUGGUGAUCACUUGAAUGCUAAAUGCCAUGCUUGCAUUGGUGGCACCAAUGUCCGUGAAGAUAUUCGCCAACUGGAGAGUGGUGUUCAUGUGGUGGUGGGCACUCCAGGUCGUGUAUAUGAUAUGAUAACUCGUCGUGCGCUUCAUGCCAACACCAUCAAACUUUUUGUUCUUGAUGAAGCUGAUGAAAUGUUGUCCAGAGGUUUCAAGGACCAGAUCCAUGAUGUCUUCAAGAUGUUGUCAGCUGAUGUUCAAGUCAUAUUACUCUCUGCUACCAUGCCUGAUGAUGUAUUGGAAGUAUCUCGAUGCUUUAUGAGAGAUCCUGUACGCAUACUUGUACAGAAGGAAGAGCUUACCCUGGAAGGUAUUAAACAAUUUUACAUUGCAAUUGAAUUAGAAGAAUGGAAGCUGGAAACUCUGUGUGACCUGUAUGAUACACUGUCUAUUGCACAAGCUGUAAUUUUCUGCAACACCCGUCGCAAGGUGGAUUGGCUCACUGAAUCUAUGCAUCUGCGUGACUUUACUGUAUCUGCUAUGCAUGGAGACAUGGAUCAACGUGAGCGUGAAGUGAUCAUGAGGCAGUUUCGUACUGGCUCUUCUCGUGUCUUGAUCACCACUGAUUUAUUGGCACGUGGUAUUGAUGUACAGCAAGUUUCCUGCGUCAUCAACUAUGAUCUGCCAUCCAACCGUGAAAAUUAUAUUCACAGGAUUGGACGAGGUGGACGUUUUGGUCGUAAGGGAAUUGCUAUCAACUUUGUGACUGAAGCUGACAGGAGAGCACUGAAGGAUAUUGAGGACUUCUACCACACUAGUAUCGUUGAAAUGCCCAGUGAUGUGGCCAACCUCAUCUAAGGCGCCUACAUUUUUCCGAUUUAUAUUCUGUGUCCUGCGUUCUAUUGCGAUAUUUAUAAGGUGUGUGUAUUAGGACAAGACUCCUAACUACCUAACACUGCCGAAUUUUUAUUGGAACUUAUUUCAUUUGGACCGAUAUAUUCGUUUUAGUUUUAAUUAAUGAAUACACUAUACUAUAGACGUAUCAAUAUAAGUUUAAUAUACAUAGGUAGGAAUAAGCCCGGCUUUGCCGGAUGGCCCCCUUUCCACAUAGGCCUUUUUGCCACUUGCACAGAGGUCUAAUUGGGUUCUGGAGAGGCUAUUUCAAUCACAAAAGUACUAGGAGGAAAUAACAUUGUAACUUUUCCAACUGUACAUAAUAUGGUAUCUGUUUUUGUAAUAUGCUAAUAAAUAAAAUUAAAUGCCUA